AUGAAGCUUGUCUUCCUCCUGUUCUCGAUCGUCCUCGUCGGACUUUUCCUGGGUGCUGCUGCUCAAGAAACUCUCGUGGGAGAUAUUUUAAGAGAUGUCGGGGAUACAGUUGACUGGGCCACUGAUAUUUCAUUUGAAUCUUCCAUUGCUGUGACGAUGAAGCUUGUGUUCCUGCUGUUCUUGAUCGUCCUCGUCGGACUUUUCGACGUCGGUGCUGCUGCUCAAAGAACUGUCGUUGGAAACGUUUUAAGAGGGAAUACGGUUGGAUGGGCCACUGGUACAUCAGAAGAACAGAACGGCUAGUUCUACUCUCCAUCUGACAUCCAUGAUGUUUGAAUUCAACAAUGGGCUUGUAUAGAGAUUUUUAUAUUUAUAUUGUUUUUUUUUUUCUUUUAGAUUCUGUGUGUAAUACGCUUAACUCCGCAACUUGUAUUAUUUUUUUUUUUUAUGUGGCAUCGCCUCAUUUUUUAAGUGUAGCUAUAAUCAGUAUCAUUUCAACAGUGCAUAAUCAACAUCUCAUUGAACCAAGAGUAGCAAAUGCACAUGGAUCUUUUCAUAAUACAAUAAAAAGUUUAAUUGUAUUCCUUUUUAAAUUUCCUAAUUAUGACGUUGCAUGAAAUAAUUAUAGUACACGAAAAAUACAAAAUAUUUAGAAAUUAAUAAAAUUAUAUUAUUAAGAAAUAUAUGUGAUUUAUAGUAAGCUAGUAUUCCCACGUAGCAUUCUUAUAUCUCAAAAUAUUACUGAUAGUUAUGUCCCGUAUUUUACAUAUUAAGUAAAACAUAUGUUAAUAUUCGUAGAUCAUAUCAUUAUCUAUUCUAUGAAUAAAUAUCUUAUUUUGUAGAUUAAAUUGACAUUAUAACUGUUUUUCGGCAUAGUUUAUAUUAUUCCAGACUGCAUUAAUUUUUCUCAUAUUAUAUGUAUAUGUUACUUUUAAUCUUUAUUUUUAUAGGUAAAUUCUUUACAAGAGCUUAUCCACAAUUAGGUGACAGACUGAGGGCUAGUCGUACGAAACUAAUGUCAUUUGAACUAACAUUUUCUUUUUUUUUUUCUUUCACAUAUUUCAAAAUGAAAUUAUUACUCUCAGCAUGCCAUUUAUCGUAGGCAAGCUAUAUUUUUAUAUAAUUACUUUUAAUUAUAAUUUGCAUCAUUUUGAAUAAAUCUCAUUCACCGGCGUAGUCUCCACGAAAAUAGACUAUUAAAAAUAUACUUUUUUUUUUAGAUUUUAUGUAUUAUUCUUAACAACAACCGAUAGAUUUUACAACAUGACUAUAACCUUUAUGGUCGGACUGAAAUGUUAUUUAUUAAAUAAACUGCACUCUUUGAUUGUGUUUAACUAAAAUCAACGACAAUGCAAAUCAAUAUAUUUUAUUUAUUAACGAUUUAAUAAUUUUAUCUUAAUAGGUUUAAUAAGUUUUUAAAAUAUUAUAAAAUAAAUGUAGGAAUCAUGGAUAAAUGAAAUAAAUUGGUAGGUUUUAUAAACGAUUUUGUGUGUUUUUCAUAAUCUUAUCCAUGUAUACAUUCCUUGGUACCAUAGAUACAUGAAAGAGCUAGAUCAUUGAGCCACCUAGAUUGCCUAAGUAUACAUUCAUACUAUCAUACAAGCUAAAAUAAAAUAAUAAUAAUACACUUCAAUAGUAAAAAAAAAAAAGAUUAUUUUAAAUAUACACGUUGUAUAGUAUAAGUAUGUGAAGAAAAUCCAAAAUGUAACAACAAAAAAUAAAAGUGAAACAAUAUAUCAUGGUUUUAUUGCAAAAAUUCAUUAAGGAACAUUUUAUAACCUCAAGUAUUUAAGAACUUAGAAUAAUUUUUACCAGAAAUCCAAACAUUGUGCGCUUACUGUAUUACAUAUUUGUUAUACUAUAUUUGAUGUAUAAAAAGGCUGGUUUCAUUUCUAUGCCUUACAGUGUUUUUGUAUCGAUAAAUAAAGCCGAAAUCCAUAAAAAGAAAUUCGAAAGCUAACCUAUAUCAGAAAUGCACGUUGUGACUUUUUGCAAUAAACCGACAAUAUUAAUUAUUGAAUAAUUUAUAAACAACUCAAUACAAAUUAAAUUAAAGUAAAUAAAAAAGUAAUUCUGUAUUGUCAUCAUUCACAACUAUUUACAGCUAUGUAUCCGUUCAGGAAGAAAGAGAAUGUAAAUUACAUUUCAU